GGGGAAGAUUAGGCAGGGCGUUGAGAUUUCUGUUAAGUCUUGGUCUCGGGAGCCGGACGGGAAGGGAUCGGGUCUCCUUCGGGGCAGAGGGAGCGCCGAAAUCUGUGGCGAUUGAAAUCCAUUUGGGAACAGCAUAGUGUGUGUCCCUUUCUUAAAACUAGAUCGGUUGUUGACAGAUAGACUCCCCAAAAAAUGAAUAAAGAUGCCCAAAUGAGAGCAAGCAUAAACCAAAAGCUAAUUGAAACGGGAGAACGAGAACGCCUUAAAGAGUUACUGAGAGCCAAAUUAAUUGAAUGUGGCUGGAAGGACCAGCUGAAGGCACACUGCAAAGAUGUCAUCAAAGACAAAGGCCUAGAGCAUGUCACGGUUGACGAUUUGGUGGCAGAAAUUACUCCCAAAGGCAGAGCCUUGGUACCCGACAGUGUAAAGAAAGAGCUUCUACAAAGAAUAAGAACAUUCCUUGCUCAACACGCCAGCCUUUGAUUUCUUCCAUUGAGUCUUACCGUGUUGUAUUAAGUGAAUCAUGCCAGAAACUGGAAGACAUUUUUCCAUGCUUUAGGGUUGAAAGUUCACUUUUUUAAUGUUUAGUUACUGGAAGUGUACUUUGCUACAUUGACUUCUUAAUUCUUGCUAUUUUAAUAAAAAAUAAAAUGAACUGCUUGUGGGUGUACGUUGGAAAGUGAUGCCAUUUCUUGCCAUUAAAAGGUUAUUGUGUCGCUUAA